UGGUAAGGUGAGGCUUGAGACUAAGAAUAGACAGCAUAACAAAGGCUGAGCCUUUGUUAUGGAGAGGUGCGAUUUGUGACUCAACCUGUAACAGGGAGACCACCACUAAACAUGGUAAAACAGUAAUGGUUGUCAGUCAAAUAAGAUUGGCAAAUAAGUGUAGUUAAAUCUUUUUUGCAUGGUUAAUCACAUCUUUCCAAUGAUUACUCAGUUUGUAACCGUCAUCACGGUUGAAAUUAUGUCUGUGUUUGUAUAUUUGUAUGGCUUCGUGUACAAACCUUUGAUGGUAGCCAGGAGGUUUGCAGAGAACUUUGGUCUCGGAAAAUACAAUUGUUAUGCAGUCUAUUCUUAAUCUCAAGCCUCACCUUACCAUAUUAAUAAUAAGUAUGCGGCCCUUGCCCCACCACCUUCUCCAACCAUUAUAUAAACGGAGUGGUAGCUCCUGCAAUCUCUCAUUUACUUGAUACAGCUGUCGUGGCUGUGACGGUACCACCUGAAGACGGAAGCUUGUGUUGCCUCCGAAACGUGAUUUUUAUUUUAUUUUACUUUUUAAUGUUUUUACCUACGUGACUUUACCGAAAAAACCUAAGAAUAACGUCUGGAUGUUUGAAGCUAUCGAUUGAAGCAAGCCCGGCUGCUCUUGAGAUGCUGUGCACCAAUAAGGGUCCACAGGUGGCUUGCACUGAAUCAUUGAUCCACUCCCAGAAGGCUGUGCUAGUUAUAGUUUGUGUAAAACAUUCCAUUGUUUCGUGGAGAGAUCGAUAAAUGAAAGAUGUCGUGUCUGCUGAUCUGCUUCAUAGCAAGGAUGUAAUUUUAAGAGCACAUUUGAAAUGCAUUUUUGGUACAGAUUUGUAUUUGGUUACAAGGCAGAGCACAUCUAGUAGAUGCAUUCUCCACAACAACUCAUUAGAAUUUUACAUGACGUCUUAUAUGUUGGCGAACUAGGACAAGAAAUGGUCCUUGCCGAUUAACGUCUGGAUGUUGACAACCAUGGGGUUGAAGCAAGCCUGACUGCCUGCGGUGCCCCUCACAACCAUUUACGGCCUUGGGCCAGGAAAGUCACGAAGAAAAUUGCACAUGAACGACGCAUCCACGAAAACUCCCGAUGCUCCGUUUUGAAGUUUUAAAAUGAAACAACUUUGAAUUGUAUAUUGUUUUUGAAUUAGAUAAUUGUACUUCAUUAAAAGCUUAUAUUUUACAUCUGGAAGCCUUCAUUGAAAACUACAUUUCGUGUGAAUUUUCUCUAGUCGUGAAGUAGAUGGCCUUGCUGGGGAUUCUGUUUGAUGCGGACUUUCACCUGGUUGGGAGAAGACCGCCGUCUGCAGAUCGAUUCCAACGCGAUCGAACGUCUAUCCCUGCGCCUCCGUCGUUCAUGCAGGGGGCGCGUAGGUUUGCAGCGCCCCCUGCAUGAAAGCGAUGGAAAGUGCAGCGUUCGUCACCGACAAAUGAAGUCGUGCGCUUAUAUAUUUACGUAUAAAUUGUACACCAAAACCGGUCCACAGUUGACUUGCACUGAAUGCUGCAGUAGUUAUUAUAUUUUGUGUAAAACAUUCCUUUGUUUCGCGCAGAGACUGAUAAAUGAAAGACGUCUUGUCUGCUGAUCUUGUUCAUAACUGUGUACACUGAUAUCCCACAUUGCUUACACUACACACCACACACAGGGAAAUAAAUAUAAACUAGAACAACUUCCGGGGAUGGGCAAAGAUCGAGGAAACUUUCAAUGAUUCGAGUUCAGUGAGUUCGAUUCAACAUCUCUGUCCGUCUGUCUCUCUGUUUGCCUCUGUGUGUCUCUCUGCCUGUCUCUCUGCCUGUGUCUCUCUGUCGAUGUCGUCUCUGCGUAUCUUUCUCUGUCUCUGUGUUCUUCUUGUCUGUGUCUGUCCGCCUGUCUUGUCUGUGUCUAUCAGCGUCUGUCCAACCGCAGUCAACGACUGUCAGUAGCAGCAGGCGCCCGUUCAACUCCCACGGCUACACGCCACUCAAACUUGCUCCCAACACACAAAGACAAAGAUCCCCCGUAUAGCCUGCACAGACUGUAGGGGCAAGUGCUGUUAGCGAGCACCUAUGAAGGGUGGGACGGCACACGAGGGGGUGGGUGGCCAGCACCACGCCCGGCCGCCUUUGUCUCCCCAGUGGCGAUGUUGACACCGCACCGGGUACUCGUUUGAGGCUGAGUCGACGUAGGGGAGGCUCAGGACCGGCUCAGAAAGUCGUCACUGGCGGUGUUGGCCACGAGCGGGAAUGGAACUCGGCUGGUCGGUGCGGAGCGCAGCGCUCACCACGACACUGCCGCUCCCCUUCUGUCAACAAACUUGAACUCUGACCCCGCCCUCUGACGUCACCGCUCAGCGUGACCUCAUCGGCGUCAAACGCCAGAGGGAGGUGUGCAUCGUUAGUGACGUCAUGUCACUCACCCCCCGACCACAGCGCUCUUGAUCGUGACAUCACAUCCACUCGGCCGCUGCCGAUACCUGUCCCAGUGCUAAUCCUUAUUUGGGCAAAGCCACGCCCGGUAACUGGCGGCUCAUUAACAUAAUUUAUUCGUAAAAGCCGUAGCGAGCUGUGGAGGGGAGUGUCAUCGUACCCCGCAAGUGACGUCAUGUCACCUGCUGCCGCGUGACGUCGCGAGGGACCAGGAAGUUGCCGCUCCGCCCGUGAACUGAAAUCCGAGCUGUCGCUGCCUCUGCAUAAUUUGUCUGAUGGAGCAAAGGCACUCAGCGCAGCUUGGUGCGACAAGGCAACAAUGUGACCGGUGUGCAUUCAGCACGGAUCGUCCUGCACAUUUAGCACGGCACCAGAGAAUUCACACAGGAGAGAAACCCUUCAAGUGCACUGUUUGUGGGAAGGAAUUUGCAUGGUCAUCUGCUUUAAAAAAACACCAGAGAACACACACAGGAGAGAAACCCUUCAAGUGCAGUGUGUGUGGGAAGGCGUUUGCACGUUCAUCUACUCUUGUAACACACAAGAGAACACACACAGGAGAGAAACCCUUCAAGUGCACUCCGUGCGGGAAGGCGUUUUCAGAUUCAUCUUCUCUUCAUGUACACCAGAGAACACACACGGGAGAGAAACCCUUCAAGUGCAGUGUGUGUGGGAAGGCAUUUACACGUUCAUCUACUCUUGUAGUACACCAGAGAACACACACGGGAGAGAAACCCUUCAAGUGCACUGUGUGUGGGAAGGCAUUUUUACAUCCAUUUCAUCUUAAAAAACACCAGAGAACACACACGGGAGAGAAACCCUUCAAGUGCACUGUGUGUGGGAAGGCAUUUUCACAUCCAUUUGCUCUUAAAAAACACCAGAUAACACACACAGGAGAGAAACCCUUCAAGUGCAGUGUGUGUGGUAAGGCGUUUUCAGAUUCAUCUACUCUUGUAAUACACCAGAGAACACACACGGGAGAGAAACCCUUCAAGUGCAGUGUUUGUGGGAAGGCGUUUUCACAGUCAUCUACUCUUGUAAUACACCAGAGAACUCACACAGGAGAGAAACCCUUCAAGUGCAGUGUGUGUGGGAAGGCGUUUUCAGAUUCAUCUACUCUUCAUGUACACCAGAGAACACACACGGGAGAGAAACCCUUCAGGUGCAGUGUGUGCGGGAAGGCGUUUGCACGUUCAUCAAAUGUUCAAAGACACCAGAGAACUCACAAGCAUCAGAAGAUCCACAAGGAGUGGAGUUUAAAAUCAGCUUGUGAAAGUCAAGGUGCCGCAAUGAGCCCAUCCCUCAUCAAAGAAGAACCGGAAGAAAAUUCCAGCUUGUAUACUUUGAAAGGUAUCGAGGUGAAACAUGAUGAUGUGAAGGUGAAAUGUGAAAAAGUGAUGGUGAAGAGCGAAGAAGUGAAGGUAAAAUGUGAAGAUGAAGAUUCAACUCCAAAAUCGGACCUUCACAUCGAUGGAGGCAACGUGAAGCAGGAGGAGAAUUCUGACUGUGAGGCAGAGCGAGGCAACUCCCAGCAGUUUGUGGAAGUGGAGGUGUGGGUGGACUUCCUCCGAGACAAUACAAAGUCAAAUGGAGACCCGGUAGAUGUGUAAGCCUGAGACGAUGUCGCUCUAAUAGAUGCACCUUUGUCCACAGGCCUUUAAUGACAAGAAUGAAGUUGAACACUCAAUUGCUAGGUUUAACCUGCAGGGUAAGAGCGGCCAGUCUUUGUGGACCCCAAUAAGCUCCCAAGCAUUCACUACGUUCUAAUAAUUGCAUUAAAAUGGUGCCUGCUUAAUCGCCUCGGCAAUUCGUAGUUUUGUAUCGUUUCUCGUCUCAAACACUCGAAGAGCAUCCCCAAGUAGCAGCUGCCCCUGUGUGGCACAAGGUGGUGGCCCUGCACCGGCCUGCAUGUGGACAAGAGCCUGUCAGUAGGGGGCGAUGGUUGAUGUGGCAUCUCAGUUGUGGAGUUUGUAAUUUGCUAAAUUUUUACCGUGACGCCAACAUGCAAUGACCUACUCGUAUUGAAUGGCACAAUAGUAUGUUGUACAUACACUGUUAAGCAGAUGGUGGUAUUUUUUUUGAAAGCUUGUUAAUGCGAUGUCACCUGAUGCAGCAUAUUUCAGUGCAGUAAUUCAAUUUUGUUAAAAUUACUCAAUAAUUUAGAAUGAAUACUUGUCUGAUUGUGUGUGUACAUGCAACAUUUUGUCUAUAAGGAUCAAACAUUGAAUACGUCAUGUUAGGACAAAGUGUGUGUUUUGGAAGUAACCUGUACAGAUCACUCAGAUGAGACUCGUUCUUGUGAUACAGGUCAAAGGGUAUGUUUGUUUUUUCAGGAAGUAGCUUCCUCUGGAGCAACUCAUUGUCUUUGAAAUAGGGAGUACAAUCGGAUCAUUCAUCAGUUGCAAGACAUACCACUCUAAAGUUACACGUAGAGGAGGUACAUUCUCUACAACACGAAUUAUAAUUUUGUAUUGUGUUGCUGUAGAUUUUGUCUAACUAGGACUAGAAAUGGUUCUUGCUGAUUAACGUCUGGAUGUUCACAACCAUGGAUUGAAGCAAACCGGACCGCCUACAGCCCCCUCACAACCAUUUACGGCCUUGGGCCAGGAAAGUCACGAAAAAAAUUGCGCACGAACGACGCAUCCACGCAAACUCCCGAUGCUUAGUUUUGAAGUUUUAAAAUGAAACAACUUUGAAUUCUAUUACCUUUUGAUAAUUUUAUUUAUUCAUUAAAAGCUUAUACUGGUUGGAACGAAGUGGACCAGACACCAAUAGAUUAGUUCGUCCGUCCGUUCGUCUGUCCGUCCGUGUAGCAACAUUGCCCCCUACUGCAAACACUUGGCAUGACCCUACAAAAACCGAGACCUAGGCCUGAAACUCUCCCUUCGUAUCGUACCCCCGCAUGUGUGAAAGGGAGUUAAUUAACAAUGUUACAUUCCCUGAUGUUUUUAAAUAUAAACAUUUACAUUUAAAGCUUUUACAUAAAUAAUUAAAACAUUUAUAUUAACAAUUAACUCACGGCGGUCUAAGGCCUACAGCUAGGCCUAAAGCCUAGACCUAGGCCUCAAGCUCUCCCUUCGUAUCGUACCCCCGCGUGUGUGAAAGGUUAGUUAAUGUUUAACAAUGUUACAUUCCCUGAUGUUUUUAAAUAGCAACAUUUACAUUUAAAGCUUUUACAUAAAUAAUUAAAACAUUUAUAUUAACAAUUAACUCACGGCGGCCUAAGGCCUACAGCUAGGCCUAAAGCCUAGACCUAGGCCUCAAGCUCUCCCUUCGUAUAGUUCCCCCGUGUGUGUGAAAGGGAAUUAAUGUUUAACAAUGUUACAUUCCCUGAUGUUUUUUUAAUAGAAACAUUUAAAUUUAAAGCUUUUACAUUAAAAACAACUCCCUACCUCCCCCUCGUCAGUGGCUCUCCAGCCGAGCCAGGCCUGGGAAUCUCUCCCCCGCUGGGGGUGUAUUGGGCGGGGCUACA